AUGGCUAGCUACGACAACGUCGGCGACUACGAUAUAGUCGCGGCGGGCUCCGGUGGGUGCUGCCCCAGCUGCUGCCGCGCCCUGGACCUCGGCGUCCACGACUACUGCGUCCCCUGCGCCUCCAACCCGUGCUGCCCGCGCUCCUCGUCCUCCUACUCUUCUUAUUCUUACUCUUCCGCCCCAUACUCCUCUGGCCCCUUUGCCCCUUCGUCUCUCGUUUCCGCGUCAAGCUCCUCUCGCCACGCCGCCUCCUGGCAUAACCCGCCUCCUAACUCCUCCUCCAUCUCUUCUUCCUCUUCUUCACUGUCUUAUUCCUCGACCCCGCGCCGGACCGCCGUCAGCGCCGCCACCGCUUCCGGCACGAAGCUGGACGAAAAGAUCGCCCGCGAGCGCGGCGGCGGCGGCGGCGGCGGCAGCAGUAACAAGCAAAGCGGCCGCCAGGUCGGCGGCUCGGAGAAGCCGUCGGGCAAGAAGAAUGCCGGCGCCGUUGCUCGGGGCCAAGAGGCUGGCAAAGAACGCGCCGACAAGGCCAAGGGAUCUAGCAAGGGGGCUGCUGUCGUGGGAGGGACAGCCAAGUAG